AUGGUGCUCAAGCGCCCGGCACAGAGCUUGAGGCAAGCAGGGCGCGGCUGGUGUCAAAUGAGCAUCUGGAGUCAAAUGUGGUGCCAGAACGAGCUGCCAGUUGGGCAUUAUAAUGAACGUUUGGCGAGAGGGAACGCUGGGAAAAGCCAGGGCACAAGAGCUCUCGGCUCGUGGCUCAGGGACGUUGGAGAUUUCAAAUCACUAACGAAAUCCGCGAUACGUCAAUGCUUUGAUCAUUCUGCUUGCUGGUCCUUGGCCGCUGCUCCCGCCGUCUCUGAGCGUGUUGGUCCCUCUGCUCCUGGGCCUGAUUCCUGA